CUGGGUUGACCACGGAGAUCCGAGUGUCUGCUGAUUUGACCGCAGUCACUUUAAUCAAACGUACUCGGUGUGUUUUGUUGUGAGGAUGCCUCAGCAAAACCAAACGGCCCCUCCUCCAUCAGCUGGUGACGGCAUAACGUCAACCCCGAGCUUGGCAGGAAGUGAAUCUUGUGUGUAGCUGGAAUAUGAGGAGAAGAAGCUGUUUCACACAGAGCUACUGGGACAGCGAACUACGCGUUUAAUGAGAAGACAUUUGAAGAUGGACAGUUAUCAAAGAGGACAGCCAUGGGGAAAGCUCGUCAAAGUGGACUCCAGUGAAACGAUCCUGCUUUUCAACAGGGAAUGCACAGUUGGCAGGAAAAAAGGAUGCUAUCUGUCCUUCCCAGCCAACAAACUGGUCUCAGGGGAGCACUGCAAGAUUGUGCAAGAUGAAAGCUCAGGGCUGGUGUGGCUUGAAGACACAAGCACUAAUGGUACAGUGAUCAACAUGUCCAAACUGGUCAAGAAGCAAACUCACAUGCUACAGAGCGGCGAUGUCAUCUACUUUGUAUACAGGAAAAGUGAGCCAGAACAAAACAUUGCCUACGUUUACCACUCAAUCCAAAUGGAACAUGCUCAUUCAGAACAUAGUUAUGACACGGAGCGGUCAGCCCACAGUCCUGCCUCUGUUCCACCUUCAGAGAUGUCACUCUCUGUGGAGCCUGUAAUGCUCGCAAAGGCUUCUCGUGAUCCAACUCUGGAGGAUCCUCAGCCCUCCACUUCCACUUCCCACUUCUGUAUCGGGAGCCCUACCACUUCUGGUUCUGUGGCAGCCAAAGCCUGUCCUGCUUCUGACCCGGCUAAAGAUGCUGCCCCAGCACAGGAAAAAGACAUGGACAACAUGGAGCCGGACAGCAAGAGGAGGAAAACUGAUGACAGUAAAGAUUAUGAUUUGGACUUGCCCCACACCUCCAGCACGGAAAUGGUCUGUUCAACUAAGGGAGGCCUUUUGUCUAAACCACCUGUGGAAGUGACUAAGACAGACAAGAUGGAGGAGAGCCUGACAUGUGUUAUUUGUCAAGACCUGUUGCAUGACUGUGUCAGCUUGCAGCCCUGCAUGCAUGUCUUCUGUGCUGCCUGCUACUCAGGCUGGAUGGAGCGCUCUUCUCUCUGCCCCACCUGCCGCUGCCCUGUGGAGAGGAUUCGUAAGAACCACAUCCUCAACAACCUGGUGGAGGCCUACCUCAUCCAGCACCCAGAAAAGUGCCGCAGCGAUGAGGACCUGAAGAGCAUGGACAGCCGUAACAAGAUAACUCAGGACAUGUUGCAGCCAAAAGUGGAGCGCUCUUUCUCAGACGAGGAGGGCAGUUCAGAUUACCUCUUUGAGCUCUCUGACAAUGACAGUGACUCCUCAGACAUGGGCCAGCCUAUGGUGAUGUGCCGACAGUGUCCCGGCUACAGGAGGGAGGUCAGUCAGGUGCUGUUUGCUACAGGUUCCAACUACUGGCUCCCUUGUCUGCCGGCCCCACCGCCUAUACCUCCUCCACCCAAACCAGCAACGGAGGAAGGGUCCGCAAUGCCCACAGGGGAGCAGCCUUCAACAUCCUCUGCCACCCCCUCAGCUCCUCCAGAGUACCGCUGCACCCCCCAGGGCUGCCAUCUCGUCUGCACCUGCUGCCUGCAGCCAAUGCCAGACAGACGGGCCGAGCCAAACGGCGAACAGGUUAUUGCUCAGCGAUGUGUGCUGUGCCAGCGACCCUUCUGCCACAUGUACUGGGGUUGCCAGAGGAUCGGCUGUCAAGGCUGUCUGGCUCGAUUCAGUGAGCUUAAUCUGACGGAUAAAUGCCUGGAUGGUGUGCUGAACAACAAUAACUAUGAAUCGGAGAUCCUCCAGAACUACCUGUCUUCCAGAGGGAAGUCAUGGAGAGAUCUGUUCCAGGAGUCUUUGCAGGCUUUCCAGCAGGGAAACUACUAUCUGUCAGAUUGGCGAAUCUCUCCAAAUGCCAUCGUGUGCUUCUGCUGCGGUCUGCGAGCAUUCAAGGAGUUGGCCUACAAGUACAGACAGAACAUCCCUUCACCUGAACUGCCAGCUGCUGUAACAUCUCGUCCCGACUGUUACUGGGGACGCAACUGUCGUACGCAGGUGAAGGCGCAUCAUGCAAUGAAAUUCAACCACAUAUGUGAGCAGACGCGUUUCAAGAGCUGAAGGAGCAGAGUGGUUUGUUUCUCCACUGAAGUGUCAAAUGAAGAUAACCGACCAUCUCGUAGAAACGAUCUUCUUAAGUUUUGUUGUGUCCAUUGUAGCUAAAUGCCUUCCAGAUGUUAUGCAAUAACUUAAUGCAGAAAUUACAAUCAUUAUCCAUUUACAAUAGUGACCAGCGUCUCACUCGACACAGGGGCUGUGUGAAAUAAUGCUAUGCACAAUAACUUUAAAGUUCAGUGUUUACGAAAGGUUUGAACUGAUUUUUAGGGUGAAGAACUGUAAGAGCAUUUAACACCAGCCACCACUUAUAUUUAGAUGCAUUUGUCAGUGGCUCAUGCAUUUGCCUAGUCUAUCAGGUAACCAGCAACCAAAUUUUAGAGUAGUGUGUUAAAAAUACUUCCCAAUAUGUCCUCCAGCCUAUGUGACAAAAAUGUUUUCUCAGAUUAAGAGCGAGUGAGGCAAUCUGUAUGGAUUAAGGCCAUUUAUGUACACUUGCACACGUUGGUGAGAUUCUUUUGUAUUUUGUCUCCUCCAGCCUUGGCAAUUGAGGCUUUAAACACCUUGUGUACAUUAACCUUCUUUAAUUGUGAUAUACUUUAACCGUUUUAUGACAUGUUGAGUUAAGAAUUCAGGGCUUCCUACAUCAUGUUGAAUUACAGUAAUAGUGAUUCUAGAGCUACAGUUUUUGGGCCAAGACACAAUCAAGUUCUGAGAUCCAACCUUUGGACUACAUUAAAUGUGAAAGUCUCACCUCUGAGGGACUUUACUUGUUUUGCCAGUGCAUUACUGUGUUCCCAGACCCGGGCAAAAAGCCACGACAAAACCCUGCAUACAUACUAGGGUAGAUUUAUAAUCCCAUGUGAUAUUUGUAGAGGAUUGGGAAGCGGAUCAAUGUGCUGUGACGCUUGUCAGAGGGCAUUGGGGCCCUCUGUUGUAUGCUUUCCUCUGGAUAAUCAUCUCCAAGGUGAUUAAGUUGUAGAAGGAACGCUUUCUCUGAACCUUUCAGUGAAGGCUGAGCUGUGAUGAAAUGCACAGUAACUCCAUGUAGACCUUUGAGAGGAAGAAAUAGGUUGCACUCCAGGCAACCAGUAAUGGUUAAAUAUGCCGACGGUUGCUUUUAGUGGCCCGUAGAGUUUUCAUAUGCAGAACCAACAGUUUAGAGAAUCGCGCCAACACAACACUAUGUUCUGUAGUCAUUUGUGUUUAUUUUAUAGAUGUUCUAGCUUACCUUGCCAGAAUGUUGAUCAGAAUGAGAACAAUCUCCUAUCUGAAUAAACCUCUAUUUGGUUGGAUUGUCUCUGGUUCCUCAGGUACACAUAGCUGCUGUUUUGUUGUUUUAAUUGAACUAUUUUUGGUGGUUAGAACAUCAACAGUCGUGUUAAAUCUGAUGGCCUCGUAUUUAUGACUAUCAUCACCCAAGUGUCAGUAAGUCCACAUCAUGCAAACAUGCACAGCUAGUAUUGAUGUCCACUGAAAAAAGAAUAAAAUGGACACAUCAGCCUUUUGGACAUUAGUUUCAAGAUAUUGAAAUGUGAGGCUGAAGUAAUAACCUUGAAAAAUGUUUGUAGGAUCACUAUUGGUGUGUAUAAACUGUUAAAAGCCGGCCUUGGCUUAGGCCGUCGGUUGUUUAGAAGAAUACUAAAUGUGUGAUGUCUGCACAUAGCUUGUCUUAGUCUUCAGAGUUUUCAUCUAGCGUAUGGUGUGCCGAUACUCUGGUUCAUUAUAUAUGAUGUGUAAUCAUAUCAAGAGUUCCAAAAUUACAUGUUUAUCAUCAGGAAGAAAAAUAUAACUUUUUUUGAAAGGACAUCCUUGAUAGAAAUUGUGCAUUUUUUAUUAUAUAGUAUUUGUUUAAAUUAGCCAUAAUAAAUAUGGAUACAAUUUG